UCUGUUAUUGCUAGUAUUCGUCAAGAAUCAAUGUCGGUAUCACUUUACUACACGAAAAUCAAAGCCCUCUGGGAUCAGUAUGACUCAUUGGUAGCAAUCACGAAAGCCUGCAUAUGUGGUGCUGGAAAAUCAGUGAUGGAACGAUUGGAACGUGAUCGUGCAAUGAAGUUCUUGCAAGGCCUUCACGAUAGAUUCUCCAACCUCCAUAGCCAGAUCUUGACUAUGGAACCAUUCCCCACUGCUUUGAGAAUAUUUGAUCUCGUCUAGUAGGAAGAAGAACAGCAGAACAUCACUUCUACCCCUAUGCAUGCUGUCGAAUCAGCUGCAGUUAACACCAACAGGCACUUUCCUUCCUCAUCUCAUCCUCCAGCAAGUCACAACAAACGCCAGAGACCUCUUUGCGAUUACUGCAUCAAGCAUGGACAUGUACGGGAUAAAUGCUAUAAGCUGCAUGGUUUUCCUACUCCCUCCAGCAUCUUGCCAGUUGCUGCUUCUGCUACAGCCUUGCCGCCUGAUUCAACUUCCAUUCAACCAUCCAUUCCAACUUUGUCCGCUGAUCAGUAUGCUCGUCUCCUAGCUCUUAUCAAUCCUCCUGCUAAGUCUACACAGAUGGAGCAUCGUGCCAAUUUCGCAGGACCGAGUCACGAAGCAAGUGAUUGGUCGGGCUAAUAUCAUCUAUGGAUUGUAUCACCUUCAAAUCCAUCAGCCACAACAAGUUUUGCAUAAAGUCUUAUGUAAUAAA